UCUGUGUUCUUCCUCACCUUCCUCCUCCAAUUACAAAACAUACCCAAGAAAUUACUUUGAAGAAAUUCUUUUAGGUUAAAAAAAAAUUAAAUGGGUUCAUUGGUGGGUCAUGUUGCACCAGGAUUUGCCUUCUUUUUACUUGGUUUUUGGCACUUAUUCAACCACAUGAGGCUCCAUUAUCUCCACCCAAAUUCGUACACUUCAACUCCAUGGUUUCCCACUUCUAAAUUCAGAUACGCAGAGCUAUUUUUCAUCAUGGUUGGCACAUCAAUCUCCAUAGCCAUGGAGCUGUUCAUUGGACCAGAAAGACACCAACCCUUUGACCCAGAUGGCACCAUCCCUUCAUAUCACCUCCAUAACUUCGAACACUCCUCUAUCUCUCUCACCUUUUUUGUCUAUGCAGUCUUUGCAAUCCUCCUUGACAAAUACCCUAAUUACCCUGCUCAAAACAUUAAUCUCAUCAAAGGUCUAACCCAGUUGAUUGGAGCUAUAGCUUUUGCUCAACAACUCCUUCUUUUCCACCUCCACUCAGCUGACCACAUGGGUGUUGAAGGACAGUACCAUUUACUCCUCCAAUAUGUAAUUGCAGUGUCAUUAGCCACAACCCUAAUAGGAAUAAGGUACCCUAAAAGUUUUCUAAUCAGCUUUGUAAGGUCCGUUAGUAUAACCUUCCAAGGAAUAUGGCUUGUGGUUAUGGGUUACAUGCUCUGGACUCCUGGGUUGAUCCCUAAAGGCUGUUUUAUAAACCUUGAAGAAGGGCAUGAAGUGGUCAGAUGCUCAAGUCAAGAGGGUCUACAUAGGGCUAAGUCUUUGGUUAACAUUGAGUUCAGCUGGUAUUUGGUGGGUAUCACCAUUUUUGCAGUGUCAUUUUACUUGGGUUUGGGUAGGGUAUAUGGCUUGAAAAUGGUGGAGUAUUCUACUGUACAAGAAAAUGAUGAAGGGGGAGAAAGUGAUGGUGAUCAUCAUGAUGUGGAGUCACAGAAGAGAUCAAACAAGUUACUUGAAGAUUCUAAGAGUUUUAAGCCAAUUGACAUUGAAAGGUAAAAGAAUAAAUACAUAUGUGUGUGUGUAUACAUGUAUAUAUAUAUAUAUAUAUAUAUAUAUGGUGGUAAAUGAUGAAUUGAUUAGUGGACAUGAUUAGGUGUAUGUUGGGUACAGGUUGGUGGGAUUGAAUUUAGGUUUAAUCUUAAUUAAGCCUGCAUAUUAUAUAUAUAUAUAUAUGUAUAUGUUUCUGAUUAAUCAUGAAUUCUUAAAGUGAACAAAGAAGUUGUGAUAGUUCAUUCCAUGGGUCUGUAAUUGUUGAUAAUUAAUCUUGAAUUUGUGCAGAUUCCCACUUGUAUAUUUUCAUUCUUAAUUUCUUCUUCUUUAUAAAAAUUAUGCAGAGAUUAGCAGCAAAGUUUAAGAUAAA